ACCAAAAAUAGCAACAGAAAUGGCUGAUGUUGUUAGUAAGAAAGAUGCAGAAAUUGCGAGGCUCAAAGCAGAACUUAAAGCUUUAGAGGAGGAAAAAGCUAAACAAGCAGGUGGGUUAGAUGAUAUGGAUGAACACGACAAUGAUGACGAGCAGAGCGACGAAGAAUACCACACACCGCACAUGCAGGAUGACACACCGUACAUGCAGGAUGUGUUACUUUGUUCGGAUAAUAUUCAUAAUGUGGUGGCAGAGGGUGUUAUCAUUGAUGGGGUGGGUCCACUGACUAUUCAUGGUGUUCAACUGACAGACGAAUAUGCGAGGGUGCGAGUCACCAAAAUGUUACAAGAGGAUGCUGAAAUCCCAUGUUCUGUUGGGGAGAUACAAUAUGUUCGAGAUACUUAUGACACAUUUCUUCCUUGGCCAAAAGAUUUAAUUAUGACUGACCAGGGUCCUCUAAGAAAGAAACCUCCUAUGUCAAAAAGUUCAUCCAAGGAUAUGUCAAAACCUCCUAUGACUAGCCCGCAUCUGUCAUCAGCUGGGUCUCACAUCAAUCCAGAAAACACUCUGACCGAAGGCCAACCAUUUGUCGAUCACAUCAUGAAUCGCAUCCAUGUUAGCCUUCAGUUUAUGGUGAGAGAAUUUUGCAGAGUUAAGGGAAUAAACUCAGUCGUCUCCAUUCCAGUGGACCCAACAUUCAUGAAUCGCGAGUCAAUAUUCCUAACUUCAGAGGAUGUGGAACAAGUUGCUACCUUGCAUAUGAUUGGAGGCUCAGCAAUGAUAUUCGGAUUAAGGUAUCCCUUAAACUAAUUCUUUGGAAUGAUAGGAAUUUAGAAUCAGUUAUGAGUACUGCUCUGUGAUCUGUUGAAAAUUUUCAUAGACAUUGAAUGUUUACAGGUUUGGGAAGU